ACUACGAAGUACCGACCGCACUUCCCGCGCCGUCAAAAAAAAAAAAAAAAUGAAGCCCCACCACCGCCUUCACGGCGCCUUCAGCCCCCGUCCACCCGUCCCUCGCCUUUCACCCGCCGGCCGCCACCGAUGCGCUCCGCCGCACCCCGCCCCUCCCCGUCGCCCCGCCCACGCCGUCUCCUGCCGCCGGAGCGCCCCGAGCUCGCCGCCGCCGCCGCCGACCGAGACGCGGCUCCGGCCGCCACGAGGCGCGCCGCGUUGGUCACGCCGCUACUGGCCGCCGGAGCCUCGUUCCUCCAGUCGGCCGUCGCCAGGGCGGAGGAGAGGCUCCCGGUCAACGAAGCUCCCGCGACCCCAUCCUCGGCCGCGCAGGCUCCGGCGGCGGUGGGGAAGAAGGAGGAGGCGAUGAAUUCGAGGAUAUACGAUGCCACGGCGAUUGGAGAGCCGAUGGCCGUGGGGAAGGAUAAGAGCAAGGUGUGGGAGAAGCUGAUGAACGCCCGGAUCGUGUAUCUAGGCGAGGCUGAGCAGGUGCCGACUCGCGAUGACAAGGUGUUGGAGCUUGAGGUUGUGAAGAAUCUGAGGAGGCGGUGUUUGGAGAGUGAUAAGUCGAUUUCAGUGGCAAUGGAGGCGUUCCCCAGCAAUUUGCAGGAGGAGGUCAAUCAGUUUAUUGAUAAGAGGACUGAUGGGGAAGAGUUGAAGUCUUUGAUGAAGCAUUGGCCGCCCCAACAAUGGCAGGAGUACGAGCCUCUAUUGAGUUAUUGCCGGGACAAUGGAAUUCGCAUUGUUGCUUGUGGUACUCCACUAAAGAUCUUGAGGACUGUUCAAGCUGAGGGCAUUCGUGGACUUUCUAAGGCUGAGCGUAAAAUUUAUGCUCCUCCGGCUGGUUCAGGCUUCAUUACAGGUUUCACUUCUAUGUCACGUAGAUCAUCAAUUGACAUGAAUUUUCCAAAUCAAGGAGUCCCUUUUGGUCCAAGCUCGUAUCUAUCUGCACAAGCACGAGUGGUUGAAGAAUAUAGCAUGUCCCAAGUAAUUUUACAAGCAAUAGGAGAUGUUGGAUCCAAUGGAGUUCUGGUUGUAAUGACUGGGGCAAGUCACGUUACAUAUGGACCAAGAGGGACUGGACUGCCGGCAAGAAUUUCGAGGAAGAUGCAAAAGAAAAACCAAGUUGUUAUAUUACUGGACCCAGAAAGACAGUACAUACGAAGAGAAGGAGAAGUCCCUGUUGCAGACUUUCUGUGGUAUUCAGCUGCUAGACCCUGCAGCAGAAAUUGUUUUGACCGUGCUGAAAUUGCCCGAGUAAUGAAUGCAGCGGGCAGGAAGCGAGAUGCCUUACCCCAGGAUCUUCAGAAAGGAUUGGAUCUUGGUCUAGUAUCACCAGAGGUCUUGCAGAACUUUUUCGAUUUAGAGCAAUAUCCUAUAAUUGCGGAGCUCACUCACCGCUUUCAGGGCUUUAGGGAGAGACUAUUGGCGGACCCCAAAUUCUUGCAUAGGUUAGCAAUAGAGGAAGCUAUAUCAAUUACCACCACUCUCUUAGCGCAGUAUGAGAGGCGUAAAGAGAAUUUUUUUGAAGAGCUGGACUAUGUUAUCACUGACACUUUGAGAGGAACAGUUGUUGAUUUCUUCACUGUAUGGCUUCCUGCCCCAACUAUUUCCUUUCUUUCAUAUGCCGAUGACAUGAAUAUGCCAGAUAGUAUGGAUCCUUUGCGAGGUAUCUUGGGGUCUAUUCCAGAUAAUGCAUUUCAAAAGAACCUUGCUGGGAAAGACUGGAAUGCAAGCCAUAGGAUUGCAUCGGUACUUUUUGGUGGUUUGAAACUUGGCUCGGUGGGAUUUAUUUCGAGUAUUGGGACGGUGGCAACCUCAAACAUUUUGUAUGCGCUCCGGAGAUUCCUUAGUCCUGCUCUAACUGCAGGACAACGAAACAAGAGAUCGCCAAUUUUGAAAACAGCAAUUGUCUAUGGAUGCUUUCUUGGAACCUCAGCAAAUCUCCGGUAUCAGAUUAUUGCUGGGAUCGUGGAGCAUCGGCUAUCAGAGGAAUUUUCUUCCCAAACUUUGCUUGUGAAUAUGCUCUCUUUUAUAGCACGAACUAUCAACUCUUACUGGGGAACUCAGCAAUGGGUCGAUCUAGCUCGUUUUGCAGGCCUGCAGAGUAGGAAGAGUACAGAGCCUUCUUAUCAGACACCUGAUUUGCCUAAUCCAGCUACGCUUCAGUGCAACAUAACAGAAGAGGCUGGCAGUGACGAAAUCAAUAACCAGUGAGUUCACCCAGAGAAAGGCUGGCUCAAGAUCUGCAUAAUGACUCUAUGACCAAUUUGUAUCAGAUUCUAGACAUUGAUGAUCCUUUCACUUAAUAUCUAUCUAGGACCAUUUUAAAUGGAUUAUGAGGUCUCGAAAGAUUACGUAGUUGUUUUAUGCAGACCAGUGAAUUUAGUCA